GCCAUGAACCUGUUCCGGAAGGACGCCUCAAAAAAGGAGAAGGAUAAAGAGAUCCAAUACGAGGACCCUCCAGAUGGAGGUUGGGGCUGGAUGGUGGUGCUGCAUUGCUUCCUGGUAAAUGUCCUAGUGAUGGGAACACUGAAGAGCUUUGGGAUCUUCUUUGUGGCUUUCCAAGACGACUUUGGCGGCUCGUCAGAGAGCAUCAGCUGGAUUGGUUCCAUCAUGUCAAGCAUGCGGCUGUCUGGAGCACCCAUGGCCUCUGUGGCGUGUGCCAAGUUUGGAACCCGGACGACCUCCAUCACUGGGGCGUUGCUGGUCAGCGGAGGCUUCAUCAUGAGCAUUUACGCAAACAGCGUGGUGUUCCUCUACGUCAGCAUGGGAGUGGUAGUUGGGAUGGGUUUCGCACUACUAUACCAGGCCUUCUCAGUGGUCACAGCUCUGUACUUUCGAAAGAGGCUAGCAACAGCGUAUGCCAUUGGACGUUCUGGGAUGGGUUUGACCUUUGCCCUUGCCCCAUUUACUCAGCUGCUCCUGGACCUAUAUGCCUGGCAAGGGGCGAUGCUGAUUCUUGGAGGUCUAAUGCUGAACCUGGUGGCCUCUGGGAUGCUUCUGCGACCACUCAAUGUAAAGCCUUCUGUACCAAAUGUUACCUCUUCCCCCGAGCAAAAGAGCCCUGCUGUUUCCCUCAAGAGCUCCUUAGAGAAGGGAUACACCAAGAGCUGCUCGAACGGCUCUUCUCACUUAUCCAAUGGCAUCGCCAAAUCAGACUCAAAUCCUUCCCUUCCUCCCCCUCACACGGACACUGAGAACCUGGGGGGCCAAUGUACUCAGGGACCCGAGGACCAGUCAGUGGAACCUGAACUGACAAGCCUGGUCCUCAGUGGUGUAAAUGGCCACGAGCCUUACCAUGACUCGGUUCAGUGUAAACUCACCACUCCGGACAGCUCAGCCGAGCACAAUGGCGGCAUGAAUGGGUCCACCAUUGUUGGACUUCCCUCGCCUGACUGCACACCCAGCGAGGUGGCGGUCGUACAAACCAAAGUACUGGAUUUUUCGCUGCUAAAGGACCCGUUUUUUUGCAUCUACACUUGGUCCGUGGUCUUCAGCCAGCUGGCCUACUUCAUCCCUUAUUUCCACCUGGCUGCCCGAGCCAGAACCCUGGGCAUCGAUGCCAUGGAUGCUUCAUUUAUCAUCUCUGUGGCAGGUAUCACAGAGACCAUCGCCCAGCUAGCCUCAGGCUGGGUGACAGACAAGAACCUGUUUCAUAAAUACCACUACCACAAAGCCUACCUGAUCCUCUGUGGCAUAGUCAACCUGCUGUCGCCACUCGCAAACACCUACAUCCUGCUCAUGGUCUACGCCAUCUUCUUUGCCAUCUUCUGUGGCGGCUACAUGGCGCUGCUGCUGCCUGUUCUAGUGGAUCUCGUGGGGGCAGAGAAACUCAACAACUCUAUGGGCUUCUCCAUGUUCUUCGUCGGUCUGGGCUGCCUCACGGGGCCUCCUUUAUCCGGGUUCCUUUACGACUACACUCACAGUUACGACUGUUCUUUCUACCUGGCCGGGCUCUGCUACCUGAUCUCCUCCCUCUCCCUGUUCUUGGAGCCGCUGGCUCAGCGCUGGAAGGACAAGAAGAAACUGGCCCUGGCCAAGACGGCAGAAAGCAGCUGCAAGACAAAUGGCUGCUUCACCAUGGAGCGCCUGCAGAACGGCGUUGUGUAA